AAUGGUGACGCUGGUCACCUGCGGCAGUCAGAGCCAGAGGAGCCAGCCCCGGGAGACUCAUUAAACCAAACCUGUGAGGAGUGAGUAGCUGUUUCUUUGGGAGGAAAACAAUGAGCGUCAAAGUUUUGUUGGGUUUCUGCCUCCUCCGGCUCGCCGUAGCACGCCCGCCCCACGGCAUCAGGGCAGGCCGGUCCGUCUCCUGCAGUGACGAGACGGAGUACGUGCACGGCAGCAUCUGCUGCUUAAACUGUCCAGCCGGGCAGUAUGUGAAAGCGCCCUGCACCGAGGCAGGAAAGAAAGGAACCUGUGAAGAAUGUGACGAUGGAACGUUCACCGAGCACGCCAACGGCCUGAAACAAUGCAUCAAGUGCGCCCGGUGCCCCCCAGAUCAGGAAAUUGUGAUGUCGUGCACUCACACCCAGGACACGGUGUGCCGGUGCAAGGCGGGGAGGUACUGCCAUCCAGACGAAGCGUGCGAGACAUGCACCAAGUGCUCGAGGUGUGGAAGUGACGAGGUGAUCGUGAAGAACUGCACCUCUACCAGUAACACCGAGUGCAAGAAAGUCCAGCCCAAAUCUGCCUCCGAUGCAGAUAAUGGUCUGACUGUUGGAUUGUGGGUCGCGUUUGCUGUGAUACUUUGUGUUGCUUCGAUAAUAAUAUUUAUCAUCUGGAGGAAGAAAUGCAGAGGAGCAGACUCUGACAGUUUGAAACAGGAAUAUGUUCCAGUAGACAACAGUACAAGUCUAACCCACCGCCCGUCUCUGGUAAUGCCCAAAAUGAACGGGAGGAUAAUCCUGUGCGAAAGCAAUUCCAGCUCUGCCAGCAGCUCUCAGCACAACCUAACUGACCCGCUCUGCUCUGCCCCCGCUGCAUCCCUCUCCUGGGACGACCCCAGCAGGAGGGAAGAAGAGCCCUUCCCCAACCUUGUUCCUGUUGAAGGCGUCGAGUCUCUGAAGAAAUGCUUUGACUUUUUUGAAGAGCUGAACAUGGACUUCCACAAGAGGUUCUUCCGUCAGCUCAGCUUGAAUGACAAUGUAAUCAAAAGUAGAGAUCACCUUCCAUAUGAAGACCGGAUCCAUGAACUGCUGAACCACUGGGUGGAGAAAGAGGGCAUCAAUGCCAGCCUAAAUGAGCUGCUCAAAGCUUUACUGGACUUGAACCAAAGGAGAACUGCAGAGAUGAUCAUGCAAAAAGCAAUUCAACGUGGUUAUUACCUCUCCGAGAGUUUAUCUGAGGGAGUUGUUUGAAGAAAGUGGCUAACAUAUUAUGCCAUGAGGUGGGAUUUUUCUUCAUGUAUCAUCAGUACUGAUCUCUUUGUUGACGCCACACAGAACCCGACUUGGACUGGCAACGUGUUGGUCGUGGGUAAAAGGUUAAUAAGAGACUAUCUCUGUGCAGGUCACGUCUUUAUUUUUACCUGGUUUCCUCUGCCUGUUUUAGCUCAGCCCGUUCUGUCUAAAGGUUCUCAGUAGAACAAGGACUACUAACGCCAUCUGGCAAAUGGUGAUAUUAGUGUUACUGGUCAGGCCAAUGAAGUAAGAGGCAACCUAUAAAAUAAUUUAUCAUUGAAUACUUCAGGUGUUGGAAUUGUUACCCAGAUUGGAAAUUCUGAUUAUUUUUGUCUCUUGUAUGUUUGCGAGGUGGCUAACCCUGACUGAAAAGAAUGGUUCCACCUAAGAUGUAUUAUUUUUUUUUUUUCUGGGGUGGUCAAUCUUAACGUUUUGAUUAUCACCUGAUGUGUUUUUUGUUUUGUUUUGUUUUUUUAUAUAAUCGGGUGGAUGACGUUUCACAGUUUCAGUUAAAAUGUAUUUACGUGUCUUUGACCUCAACAUCCGAUGUAUUUAUGCACUGAAAACAAGUUUAUUUAUUAUACCAGAGAAGGGUUUAGAUUUUAAUCUAAACCCUGAUUUCAUACUUUUUUAUGUGUUGAAUAAAGGCACCUUUACACUUGU